GCGUCGUCGUCGUCGUCGUCGUCUCAGCAGCUGAACUCGGCCCAGCGGCUCCAGGCCCUGGGGGGCAGGAUGCUCCCGCUCCGAGUGUGGCUUGGCAGCAGCGCCCCAGUGCCCAGGCUCCUGGGGCCGGGGCCCCACAGCCUCUUGGCCCAGCUGGUGGGGGACGUGCAGACGCACCUGGAGGAGAUGGAGCGACUGAGACACUCCCUCCUUCUGGCUUCUCCCCUUCUCUGCGGGGAGGGCGAGGGGAGGAGGCCGAGGCCGAGCAGCCGGUCCCUGGCGGAGGGGGCUGGGAAGGAGCCCGGCUCCCAGGCGCAGGGGAAGGACAAGUUCCAGCUCUCCAUGGACGUGAGCGGCUUCUCCCCAGCUGAGCUGAUGGUGAGAGUGGACGGGAGGAAGCUGACGGUGACGGGGAAGCAGGAGAAGAAAACGGCGUCGGAGGCUGGAGUCUGCUCCCACGAAUACAGAGAGAUCCGCAGAGAAACUCUCCUGCCGGAAGACGUGAACGUGGAGGCCGUGCUCUGCUCCCUGUCCCAGGAUGGGCAGCUCUGCAUCGAGGCGCCACAUCUGGCCCUGCCAGCUGCAGAAGGGAGAGCCGUUCCCAUCAGCGUCUGCCAGGGGGUGAAGGCAGGAGAAGGAAACCUGGCCACGGAGGGAAAGGAGCCGGGGAGCAGUGAGAUGGAGACAGGAGGAGAGAGCGAGGGGACCGGCCCCAGAGAUUCCUGAAACCAGCCACCGACUCCAGUAACCAGAUCUUGGUGUGAACGGUCCUGAGCAUAUUCCUGGGCUGUCAGAAUCUCUCUGGAAGAGAAGUGACUGGGGGAUGCUCCCUUUCUUGGCUCUUUUUAUACAUUUUGAUAGAAUGUUUAUACUUGUCUUGAAUUUUUAAAAUUCAAUAUCAACCUUUCUAGUAAAGACAAACUGUGCUGUCUGGUGAGCUCUGUCUGCUUGAUUUGCUAUUUCAUGUUUCACCUUGGAAAUAAACUGC